AUGGUGGCAAAAGGUGUUCUGAAAGAACAUCUCAUUUUACUUGGGAACAGUAUGACAUGUGCUGGAAACUUGAUCGGUUUCUAUACUGGAGGUUAUAAAACAUUAUCUCGGUCAUUGGAUAUCCAAGUGCCAUUUACUGAGGCCACACUCUUUACACCAAGAAAAAUUUUUGAAAAGGCUGCAGAGAAGUGCCACACUGAUUCUUUAUCAAGCAUAGUUGCUUCUUGCUCAUGGGGCAAACAUGUUACUGUUGGAACAGGUUCACACUUUGAUGUCCUCUGGGACACAAGAGAGGCAUCUUUGAAUCCAGAGGGUGGCAUAGAUGCAUACAGUUUUCUAAAUAUGGUGAGAAGUACUGCAGGUGGAGAAGAUUCAGUUACUGCUUGUUUAGGUGCCGAAGUUGAUGAUCUUAUUCUGGAAGACGAAGACUGGAACCUGUCUCCUGAGCAUAACUCUAGUUCUGAUAAGCCUACCUUUGAAGACAGUGCUGAAUUCCAAGACUUCUUAGACAAUCAACCUGCCAAAUCAAACUGGGAAAAAGCUUCAUCUUUAAAGGAUGGGUCUAGGAGUGCUGGAAAUUGGGAUGUUGAUAAAAAUGAUGGAGCUGGUAAGGAAAAACCUUGGAGUUUCGGAAUGAGUACAGCUGAGACAAAUGAUGUUGUUUCCAAUGGCUGGGACACUGCAGCUACCAGGAAGACAAAUUCCUCCUGGAAUUUAGAGAAUGAUGUAACUCAGUCCAAUUCCUGGUCUGGUUGGGCAACAAAAAAACCUGAAACCCAUAAUGGCUUCGUAACAGAAGUCCAAGAAGAACCUGCAAAGUCCAAUGAUUGGGAUGCUGAUACUGCCUGGGGCAGAAAGGCUGGAGAUAACAAAUUUGCAAAUGAGACAAAUGCAUCAAAGUCUUGGUGGGGGAAGGUAACAGAUGGUGAUGAAUCUGGACAAAAUAAAAACGAGCAACGUACAGAAGUCCAAGAAGUAGGGACACUUGGUUGGGAUGAUAAGAUGUCCCAGGGCCAGUCAAUAUCUGGUUGGGCUUCUACAAGCACCCAGGAGGCUACAACUGAAUCCUUCAGUCGGAAGUCUGCCUCUGUUUGGGGGAAAGAGAAUACCAAUGUUGACGAACAUGGAAGUGAGAAUCAUGUUCUUCUGAACCAAGGAAAAGAGUCAUCUGAUUGGGAUAGCAAGGACAAUUCAAAGCAGGCAGAUGCUGCAAGUGGUUGGAAGGCUGCAUCCUCUUGUGGGGCAAAAAGUACAGAUGCUGAUAAAUGUUGGGGUAACAAGGUGACUUCAAAUCAGGCAGACACAGCCUCUGGUUGGGGGAAACCCCCGUCACCAGAUCGUGGAUGGGGGGUGUCAAAUUCUGGUGGUGGCAAUGGAAGUGAAAGGGAGAACAAUACUGAAAAUCAAUCUCUGUUGGACCAAGGGAAAGAUUCAGGUGGUUGGGGUAAUAAGGCAACUUCGAAUCAGCCAGACACAGCCUGUGGUUGGGGGAAACCUGAGUCACCAGAAAUUUCACAAGGCUGGGGCUCGUCCAAAGACUCAGUUAGGGCAGUUGAUGGAUGGGGGGUGCCAAAUUCUGCGGGUGGAAAUGGCAGUGAAAGGGAUCAGCAAUGGGGUCAGCAGGGUGGAGAAUUCAAGAAAAACCGCUCUGAAGGUUCUCGAGGUUGGGGAUCCAAUAAUGGAGAUUGGAAAAAGAGGAACCGCCCUACUAAACCACAUGAGGAUUCUAGUUCAAGCGGGCUAUUUACCGCAACUAGGCAGCGGUUAGACAUAUUUACUUCUCAAGAGCAGGACAUUCUCUCUGAUGUCGAGCCAUUAAUGCUUUCUAUUAGAAGAAUAAUGCAUCAAACUGGGCACAAUGAUGGGGAUCCGUUAUCUGCUGAUGAUCAGUCCUAUGUGCUUGAUAAUGUCUUCAAUUAUCAUCCAGACAAAGCAGUGAAGAUGGGUGCUGGAAUCGAUUAUGUCACUAAUGUGGCUCGCAGACUUUCUAUUGCUGAUAGUAGGACAUGUGAUAAGGCUUUUAGCAAGAAUGUAGUGAAAUUCGGAUCAGUUUUUCCAUAUCAAUUUGUGGAUGAUGGGCGAGAGAUGGUUAGAUGUUUGGUAGGGUUUGAGACAACACUUGAGAGGGUUAACAGGCACAGCAGUUUCCAGGACAGCAGGUGCUUCUACAUUGUCUCAACUGAUGGCUGCAAACAAGAUUUUUCCUACCGCAAAUGUCUGGAGAACUUCAUCAGGGGAAAAUAUCCCGACUUGGCAGAUGAGUUCAUUGCAAAGUAUUUUGCAAGAAGAGGCAAUCGGCAGCGCACCCCUGCUCCAGAUGGAACCGAGGAGGAGAAACAGGCCGCGUGA